CACUAUUGUUAUUCAAAUCACCAACAUUCCCCAAUUUCCCUCGUGCCCAUCCCUCGAAUAUGACUGUAGUCUCAAAUAAUCCAAGUUGGUGGCCGCUGAUCGAUUUGAAUGUGUUUCUCAGCUAUUGGACAGUUGCCGCUGGCGUCGUGGUGGUAUACGAUUGGGCACUAACACUAGGACAAGAGAUUGAACUGAUCUGGAGGCAACGCUGGUCUCCCAUGACUUUGUUGUAUUUGGUCAUACGCUAUACUGGAAUACCAUUUUCUGUUGCAUAUGUUCUGUCAGGCAUGCCAUUGAUAUCGCUGACAGAUGCAGUGAGCAAUAUUACGAACUACGUAAUGAAUGUGACAAAUGUGGUCAUGGCCGCCAUGUUGGGCAUUGUGAUGAUUGCUCGCUUAUAUGCCAUGUAUCAGGGAUCUAAAAUGAUGCUUAUUUUCCUUGUGAUUAUCUUCCUGGCUGUAAACAUCGCCUGCGGAGUAAUUGCGGGAAUAGUACUGAAGCAUUUUGUAGGGGAUGUGUGGAUAAUCUCUGGUACAUAUAUGUGCAAUGCUGAAUAUGAGGGGGACAGCAUGCUUCUUAUUUCAAUGGUUUGGAUGCUCAACACUGUUUGGGAGGUCCUCGCACUGUGUCUUUCAGUCUGGAUUGCUGUGAAAUACUUCCGUAACCUGCGACGGCUCGGCCCAUCGACAGGAUCGACCAUUGGGGACUAUUUCAGAGUCCUGAUACAAUCUCACGUGCUUUAUUUUGCGAGCUUCGUUUGUGUCUCUUGCCUCCAGCUUGCUUUUCUCUCUCCAAAGCUCCAGAAUUCAUCUUUGACGAUAACUCACAUACUCGAAGGUGCUCUUCAGAUGUUAUUGGUCGUGCAGAUGUUUGUGCUGGGACCACGACUCAUCCUUAGCGUUCGACAAUGUCACGCUAAACUCGUGGCCGGUUCCGACCCAGAAACUAGCAUGAAUUCGAUUGUCUUCCAGAAGCGUGUACAUGUAUCAACUAGCAGUACCGUGUAGGGAGAUGCUUGCCGAGUGGUCUGCAGGGUGGAGAAAUUUGGGCGAUGAUCCGUCGUGGUAUUUAUUUAAGAUAUAGUGUUUCCAAGUAUAUUUGAAAAGUCCAGGAAAACUUAUUUCUUGUUGUAUCGCUACUGAAACAAAGUAUCCA